AUGAGGAGGUACAGUCCCCAAUAUCGGAGCCCCCCAAGGAGGGGAUAUGGUGGCAGAGGCAGAAGUCCCCCGAGGAGGGGAUAUGGAGGACGGAGGGAGCAGGGUUCAGGAAGCCUCUUGGUCCGCAACAUCCCAUUGAGCUGCAGGCCGGAGGAUCUACGGGUUCCUUUUGAAAGGUUUGGUCCUGUUCGGGAUGUGUACCUGCCAAAGGAUUAUUACACCAGGGAGCCCCGAGGGUUUGCAUUUGUGGAGUUUGUUGACCCUUAUGACGCCUCUGAUGCACAAUAUCACUUGAACCACACAGUAUUUUGUGGCCGAGAGAUAACUGUUGUUGUUGCUGCCGAGUCACGGAAAAGGCCAGAUGAUAUGCGUAAUAGGGCUAGAAUCAGGGGGUAUUCUGGUGAACCUGAAAGGCGCCAUUCCCGUUAUGGGAGGUCUCGUUCCCGUUCACGCUCUUGCUCUCCUCGCUAUCGGGGCCGUCCUCAAUCAAGGUCAAGGUCAAGGUCAAGGUCAUACUCUCCUGCUCCAAGACGGCGAGGUGACUACUCUGCUUCCCCACCAAGAUCACAUCACACACAGUCUCCUAGGCGUCUGCCAAAAGGGCAUGAAGAAGAUAAGCGGAGAUCCUAUUCUCCUGCUGGUAGAGGCGGCGGCGAGCGUGAUGCUGAUACUAAUGGAAAGAGGUCGCCGCCGCCAUCUGACAUUGACGGAUCACCUCCACCACCCCGUAGGUCACCCAGGCAGUCCUCGGGAUCACCCGUGGGGUCGCGCUCAAGGUCCCCCGAAGCUUCUCCUGCCCGCAGCGACUGA